GCUUUCUAUUCCACCGUUUCAGAGGCAGCUGCCAUUUUGAAUGGAAUGCUCUACCGUUACUGACAAACUACAGAUUUUCUGCUUCCCCAUUUAAUUAUUAUUAGAAAUUAAUUACAAUUAUUUUAUUGUUGUCAUUAACUACCUUUGUUUCCUUUGCUUCUACACGCUUAAAUAAAAUAAAUCUCGUCUAUUCUCUUCUAGCCUCCAUAUAUUAUUUUGUUGAGUUGGCCUCAAUCAGAGAUAAAUUCGCUGCAAUUUCAACCUAACGUUAGAUACUUAGAUUGUUGGACCCAUUGAUGGAUAAGAAGAGAUGGUUAUGGAAACAUAACUCUUCCGAGAAGGGUCCUGGCGAAACCGAUAGCUCAGGAUCAGCAUCAUCUCAUUCUGAGGAAGGAUCGAAGGAAUCUCCAAAUGGAAGUAGCCUGUCCCCUGCUGUCACCUCAAAAACCGCAGCCUGGGCAAAUGAUGCAAAUUGUUCAUUUUCUAAUGAACAAUUGCCUGUAGAAACUUCAAAACCUCUAUCUACUGCAGGUAUGAUGAACGAUGGUUUGCUAGAGAAAGAUGAACAUGGAGAAAAUGAAAAUAUAAAAAAUGUAGAGGAAGGUUAUCUUAUGUCGAAGAAGCUAUCUGCAGCACUCGUCAAUGUCAAUACCAAAGAAGAUUUGGUUAAGCAGCAUGCGAAAGUUGCUGAAGAAGCCAUUGCAGGCUGGGAAAAGGCUGAAAAUGAAGUGUCAUUUUUGAAGAAGCAACUUGAAGCAGCAACUCACAAGAGUUCCACUCUUGAAGAUCGAGUCACCCAUCUGGAUGGUGCACUUAAGGAGUGUGUUAGGCAGCUAAGACAGACAAGAGAAAAGCAGGAAGAGAAUAUAGGUGAUGCAAUAGAACAGCGGACUUGUGACUUGGAAUUGGCCAAAAUUAAACUUCAGAGAAGAGUUUCUGAGCUCCAGAGCAAAUUGGAGCUGGAAAUGAGGACAAUUGAGAGAGAUUUAAGUACUCAAGCUGCUGAGACAGCUAGCAAGCAACACUUAGAAAGCAUCAAGAAAAUAGCCAAGCUGGAGGCUGAGUGCCGGAGACUGAAGAGCAUUGCUUCAAGAGCUUCUGUAGUUAAUGAUCAUAAAUCUACUGUUUCAUCCUCGUUUUGUGUUGAGUCUUUCACAGACAGUCAAUCAGACAGUGGGGAGCAACUUAAUGCAGUUGAGAUUGAUACCCACAAGACAACCUGCUCAGACCCGAACAAGUGUGAGCUGAGUUGUUCUGAUUCAUGGGCAUCUGCAUUAAUAGUCGAGCUUGAUCAGUUUAAGAAUGAAAUGUCCCGACAAACUCCAACCAAUUCUGUUAAACUUGAUCUCAUGGAUGAUUUUCUUGAAAUGGAACGACUUGUUGCAUUGCCUGAGACCAAGAAUGAAAGCCAUGUCCAGGAGUCAGUUGUUGACAAUCACUGCAUUAUUGAAAAAAGCUCUCCCGGAGCACAGUUUGAGAUCAUGAAUAAACAAAUGGAUGAACUAAGAGAGAAGUUAGAGAAGGUUGAAUUGGAAAAAGCUGAACUAGAGAUGGCUUUGAUGAAAAGUGAAGAGUCUAUUAAGGAGUCGCAGCGUCAGAUGAGUUACACAGAAAAGAAAGUGGAGGAGUUGCAAGAGGAACUUGAAAAUGCCUACAAAUCAAAAGAAAUGAUAGAAAAUUACCUGAUUAGCAUGGAGGCAGAAGCUCAAACAUUAUUAGCAAAGGUUGAUGUAUUAGAAGCAGAGGUAGAUAAGGAGAGGGCUGCGUCCGAAGAAAUUGCGAUGAAGUGUAAGGUGUUGGAACAAGAGCUACAAACCAAAUUUGCAGAGGUUGACGUAUUAGAAGCAGAGGUUAAUAAGGAGAGGACUGCAUCUGAUAAAAUGGUGACCAAGUGUAAGGAUUUGGAGGAAAAGUUAAAAUCUAAAUCUGCAGAUGUUGACAUAUUAGAAGCAGAGGUUAAUAAGGAGAGGGUUGCUUCAGAUAAAAUCAUGACCAAGUGUAAGGACUUGGAGGAAGAGCUAAAAUCCAAAUCUGCAAAGCUUGACUUAUUAGAAGCAGAGGUAGAUAAAGAAAGAGCUGUGUCAGAAGAAAUUGCAAUGAAAUUUAAGGAUUUGAAGGAACAGCUAGAAAGCAAGAAGCAGGAAGAGAUACUUAGAUCAACAAGUAGCUCUUAUGCAGAAAAGAAGAUAAAGCAGGAGGAUCUAGCUCUGGCUGCCGGAAAGCUUGCGGAGUGCCAGAAAACAAUAGCUUCCCUGGGGAACCAGUUAAAAUCCCUAGCUACACUGGAAGAUUUCUUUAUUGACACUGCUAGCAUUCCAGCAAGUCCGUCGCUUGUUGCUCAAGCCAGUGGCGAGUUAUGGAAGCUGCAUUCGAACGACACAUUUUCACCGAAAAGAGAUUCCAAUAUUUCAGGGUUGGCUGUUGGGAGCUCUGGCCAAUCCUUAAACAAAAACGAAGAGAGCUUGCAGCCUUUGUCAUCUUCAUCAACUUCUUUGGCUGCCCUCACACCAAACCAUGUCGGAUCUGAGAAGAGUCGAAAUGGUUUUGCAAAAUUUUUCUCUAGAACAAAGAGUGGGAUCAGAUUGGAAAUUUAGUUAGUGAAGAUACAGUGACUUAACUGACAACUGUAGUGCAAGUCAUUCUUUUCUAAUGUUGUAAGAGAUUGGUCUUCUAAUUCAAAGAGCAGAUUUAACAACACUAAAUUCUUACCAAAAAUACAUGGCGAGUGCUAUGGUGUAGAUAGAAAAUUUCUUCUACACCUAUAGAUGACACUUGUCGAGAGUUGAGAUUGGUUUUGUGCUAUGUUUAAACAUGAUAUAGGAGACAAUUUCCGGACAUAUAAAAAGUUAAAAAACCCAAUACAACUUAGGAUCGCAGUCUUCGAGGUCCCACUGCCAUUUGUAUU